AUGGCCCUGGCUAUGAUACAUUCCUGCGGCCUGGCCAGGAAGUGCUACUCGCCAUCGGACAAAUGCAACAAGAAACCCUUCAAGCCCAACGAGCCCUUGUGCGGCCAGCGGAUGUGCCCCCGGCCAGCCGCCAAAAAAGGCUUCCCCUUCUCCAAGUACAUCCCUCUGGGGUUCUUCAAGAAACUACUGUGCAAUCCCUGCUUUAGAGCGGCAGGCGGCCUGCUGGCCGGUCUGGUCCUGUUGGACAUGGGCGCGAGCGCGCUGCUGGACAAAGAGUCCUGCGACUCCUGCCACUGCGAGUUUUGGAAGACCCGGGCGGCGGCGAAGGCGGAGCGAAAGAGGAAGUGCGAAGAGCAGUGCAAGCGGCAGAAGGCCGAAGAGGCGAAGCGCCGCGAGGAGAUGAAGCGCAGGAGGGAGGAGGAGAAGGCCAAAAGGGAGGCGGAGAAGGCCAAAAGGGAGGCGGAGAGAGCCAAGAAGGAAGCCGAGAAGAAGCUGAAAGCGGCGCAGAGUAAAUGCUGAAUGGAAAUGGCACGUCGCAGGCCGUGUGCAUGAUAGGGUCCUUUUUGGCAGGCGCUUAUCUCUACGAUGCCUUUUUCAAGCCGCUGCUGUUGGGACCCGGUUUUUCGAAGUGCGAUUGUUGGAAGAACAAGGAAUUGAAGCACGUGCAACGGCCGAAGAAAUGCUUGAAACAACCAAAAUGCAGAAGUGUUGAUAAGAAAUGAGAGGAACAACGCGGGCGAAUAAGUCGCGAUUCGAGGUCGAGACGAAUAAAAAAUUAUUUUAAAAGAAACGUG